AUAGAUUCGGCUUCCAGUCUUCAAAACAAACAGAACUCGAAUUACUGGGAGAGAAUAGCUAUGGCUCAUCAAGACUUGGGUUCUUUUAUUGAUUCAGAACCGACUUCUUCCAUUCAGUCAAAAGUGAUUAUUAACCACCUGAGUGUGGACGAUAACAAGAAAGUUGCUUAUCAAAACGGUCAUUCCAAACUUAAUUCUAAGUCGCAACGGAACGGAGACGUUCCGCAUAAGGAGGCAAUUCUUCUCGACUUAAAUGAUGAUUUCAAUGAUUCUUUAAAUCAUGCUAUAAAUACUUUUUCAAGCAUCGAGGAAACAACCGAACUGGAUAGUCUUGAAUUCGAGAAUCAGCAAGUACAAAAUAACGGCAAACCGUUUGUACGACCGUUCGACAGUUCUCAAGAUUCGUCCUUGUGUAGUGAGUUGUCGGUUGAUAUUCUACGCCCUCCUUCAACGGAUUCUGCAGAAGGACUUUCAGACAGAGGUAUUGCAGAUGGCGAAGUAGAAGAUCGUCUUCAAAGUUUUGACAUUAAUAGUGAACAUCGGAGUACCUACGAAAACGUAGCUUCAACCGCUCAGAACCUUUUAGUUCAUAAACAGACUAGUGUACAAUCUGGCAGAAUGGAAGAAAGUAUUAUUGAAAAGGAAAUUCGACUACAGAAGGAAAGGGAGGAAAUGCUUGCUAGAGAAAGACAGAGUAUUUCUCCAAGUCCAAUAAACCAGGUGCAUGUCAAUAACAAUAUUGCAGUGGGAGUAGGCUUAACCCAAGAGUCCCAAAGAAAAUCAGAGCGACUGUCAUUUUCUCCUUUACCCUUACAGCAAAAGUCUCAAAGUAAUUAUACCAAUUAUACUACUGAGUCGAAAAUUGCCAUGGAGAUCCGAGAAUUUAAGGAAAGAGAGGAAGAACUUCGAAAACUGCGUGAACGUGUCCAUUCUUUUGAUAUCAAUGAGACGUCGCCAAGCGAAGAAGAUAACGAUAUUAGUAUCGAAACUAACCACUCUGAUUGUUCUAUAAAAUCUGGAAGCUCGCGUGGUGAUAAUCUAUCUUCUGAACGCCAGUCGCCACUUACAAACGCUGUUCAGUCUGAACAAAGAAGACAUUAUACUCCGGCCAUUUCUUUGGAUACUUUGCACGGUGGUCAACAAUAUAAUUUGGGAUUUGCUUUCGCAAACAGACGGAAAGAAAAUAUAAAAGUCAAGCCAUUAUCAGACAAUGGAACUCAGGAAACGUCUGUUUUUAAAUCUAUGAGUGAGUCUCCUGUAGAAAAAGAAAUCCGCUUAGCAAAAGAAAGAGAAGAAGCUCUAAGAAGAGAACGUAUUUUGGUGUCUCCGACAACAGAAGGAAAUGAAGAGAAGGAAUCUACCAAAAAUUCCAAUGCACACAACUCCUCAAAAUCAAAAUCAUCCAUACCUACGACUUUCAAUGGUAACACUCAGAAAAUGCUGGCCACAUCUAGGAUACAGAAGGAAAUUGAUGAACAGACAGAACGUGAACUGGCUCUUCGAGCAGGUGGUCAAAUUCAGACAAUUUCGCAAGAACGAACUGAUUCUAAAGUCACAAGACUUGGUGAUGGGGAUUUCUCCAUGAAAGAAGAUAUAACUUUAAAUUCGGUUGAGCCGCAGCAACAUAAAAAUAUAAUAACUUCAAUCCAACGUGAUGAUGCCUCGAACCAUGUCACGUCAUCACCACUUUUAAUACCAGUUCAAACAUGUACAGUGGAUUCAGAUAAUACUUUGUCACUUCAAUUACCAGCGAAAGUUCGGGGCGUAGUCCUAGAUAGUGUUGUUCCACAACCAACCAAGACACCCUCUUCUAUCAUGAACGGACAGGAAACAAGAAUUCCUUCCCCCUCGAGCUCCUCAAACUCUUCUAAUGCCAUUACACCACCAGGUCGAAGGUUUGUCCAAAAUCCAGCAGGAAAUAGGGGAAUCAGUAUGCAAAGAUUCAUUGCCAGCCGAGGAAAAGAAGUUCGUGCUAUAUCUUCUUCCAAUCUAAAAAGUACUUCCAAUGGAUACCCAACCGCUACGUUUAUUAGAGGUUCUUCUUCCGUCCAAAAUAUAAACCAAACAUAUAGCAAUUUCAGCACUUUGGCUCCUGUUGUUGUCAGAAGAGGGAAUAGCGAAGGGAAACCACCUUUGACUCAUAGAAAAUCUCUUCCAUCAACUGAAUUAAAAAUUCAAGAGGAAUUAAAAGAACUAAAAGAACGAGAAGAAGAGUUACGGCUUCAGCGGGCUCGUCAUCUAGCUACUUCACAGCCUAACCUCCACACACUGGUUGAUGACAAUGAUGAUCAAACUGAAUCAUUUGAUCAAGACAAUUCCCAAAUCCGUAAAGAACGGUCCAGCAGCAACCCUGACCUGUCCGAAAAUGGUAUCAUGGAAAACCAGGCAGAAAUAAAGGCUCCAACUCCGAACAAUCAUAGACGACGAAGUGUAUUGAUCGCCCAGUGGGAGCAGAGGAUUCAAGAAUCCGAGUGUUGCUGUGAACUGCUCUCUUCCCUGAAAGUCGUCUGAAGAAAAUACUGUGAAUUGUCUUUAAAAGCAAAUUCUGUUAAAGUCUAUUGUGCUUCAUAGAAAUAGACAAAUUUGAAGAAAGUAGUUCAUCAUAAUAGUUACAGUUCUUGCUAAUUUAGUUGAGGGAUUAGGGUAAGUUUUACAAUACUAAAUAAUGUGAGAAACUAUAUUUCUUUACUAACUUUAUUUCAUGUCCUUUACAUGGAAGUAUUAAUCUUAC